AUGAGUGUACCUACCUGGAAAACGUAUGACCACCUGCACUUAUGCCCAGUCUUCUGGCUCCUCUUCCCGGUGAUAAUAACCUUCUGCCUGCUGCCGGACAUUAUCUGGAGAAUAGCCUCGGAUGCCUGGUGGACUCGCAAAAUUGCUUUGAGUGGGGUUGAGCGGAUCAAGGAGAAGAGACAUCGCGCGCAUUGGAAGGCCAAGAUGUCGCGGGGCAAAUCCACUGCCGCUGCAGCCUCCCCCUCUCCCUCCUCCUUUAGCAAGACAUCGGCAUAA